GCGUUUUCGUGCGGGUUUGCGGACCGGGCCGUUGCGGUGAAUGCGUGAUUGAGGUCCCGCAGCUAAUAAUCGUCCCCCUUUUUGGGGCCGGAGUGCGCGGCACGGAGGAGCAUCCGGAAUAGGGUGAUGUGCCAUCAGCCACUGGGGGGCAUCUGUCCUCUCUGCAACUUGUUCAUCUUGUGAAGCUUAUGGGAUAGGAGUGUGUGUGCCCCUUCCCAACACUGCUGCCCCACUGGAGUCAUUUGUGCCAAAGCUGAGUUGUGUCAAAGGAGCAGAGAUGGGCAGCCCGGGCUGCGAGGUGGGUCUAGCCGGGCCGGUGGAACCAGCCUUGGAGUCUCUGUGUCCUGAGUGCGGCCAGAUCCACCGCAGCUGGGAGAACCACCUUUACAACUACCGUCUGGAGGUGGACGAUGACCUGGUGUGCCACAUCUGCCUGCAGCCGCUGGUGCAGCCACUCGACACACCGUGCGGACACACCUUCUGCGCCCGCUGCCUGCGUAGCUUCCUCCAGGAGAGGGACUUCUGCCCGCUGGACAGGACACGGCUGCAGCUGCAGGCGUGCCGCAGAUCCAGCAUACUGGUGCACAAGCUGCUGGAUAAGCUGUCUGUCUCCUGCCCUCUGACCCCAGUCUGCUCCCUCAGCAUGCCACGAUGCGACCUGGAGGCCCACCUCAAACACAGGUGUCCCGGGACGCGGUGUCAGCAGACGAGCAUGGACGGUCCUCGGUGUGAGAGCGGGGAUGAGCGAGCGAUGGUGACCAGCCCUCCCAGGUCUCCCAGCUCCCCACAGACAGACCUAAGGGACCGCACACCCUCUCCUCCCUCCGGACCUAAUAACACCAGCGGCAAUGGGCCCAUGUGGACAGAUGACGCCGGGCUGGACAACCCUGCCUUUGAGGAGAGCACGGAGGAAGACAGUGUGGUCGGGUUGGAGUGUGUGGUCCCCAGGGUAAAGCGGCCCCUCAGUAAUCCCUGCAUCCACCUCCUCCGCUCUGUCAGCUCCACCUCCUCCGGCUGGGACUGCCCUGAGUCUCCGCCUCUCUCUGCUGAAGAGGGCUGUGUGAAGUUGCCCUCGCUUCCUGAAGGAGAGAUAACUGCCAUUGAGGUCCACCGGGCAAACCCGUAUGUUGAGCUGGGCAUCAGUGUUGUUGGGGGAAAUGAGACGCCUCUCAUCAACAUUGUGAUCCAGGAAGUGUACAGAGAUGGGGUCAUUGCACGAGACGGGAGGCUGCUCGCCGGGGAUCAGAUAUUACAGGACCUUUCCCAGUGUGUGUCCUGUAAGGAGAAGCACAUCACUGUGAAGAAGGAACCCCUCGAGUCUCUGGGCAUGACUGUUGCGGGAGGUCGCGGCAGCAAAAGCGGGGAGCUGCCAAUAUUUGUGACCAGCGUCCAACCACACGGCUGCUUGUCAAGGGACGGACGAAUCAAACGAGGUGACGUCUUGCUGAGUAUCAACGGGCAGGACCUAACGUACCUCAGCCACAGUGAGGCUGUGGGCACCCUGAAGGCCAGCGCUGCCUCGCCCUCGGUGCAGCUGCGGGUGCUGGAGGUCAGCAUGGUGGAAGAGCCCGACCAUGACGAGCUGCUGCCUCACACACAUGACAGUGACUUUGAUGCCAACUGGUCCCCCUCGUGGGUCAUGUGGCUGGGCUUACCCAGCUACCUGCACAGUAGUCAUGAGAUUGUACUGCGGAGGAGCCAUCCGGGCAGCUGGGGCUUCAGCAUUGUUGGGGGUUACGAGGAAAGUCACGGCAACCAGGCGUUCUUCAUCAAGACCAUCGUCCUUGGCACACCUGCGUACUACGAUGGCCGCCUCAAGUGUGGUGACAUGAUUGUGGCAGUCAACGGCCUGUCGACAGCAGGAAUGAGCCACUCAGCGCUGGUGCCUAUGCUGAAGGAGCAGCGCAGCCGGGUGGCGCUUACUGUGGUCUCCUGGCCCGGCAGCCUCGUAUAGCUGGGCCAGAUCAUAAGCAGGCUGCGCACCACACUGAGUCCACCCAGAACGUUCUAUAUUGGGAACAACCUUGGCCAAAGUGAACUGGUACACGCUACUGUACAUCGCUCCAUACCGGGCUUAAUCCAGGACCAAAAGCAUUCAGAACUGUAGACCCAGCAGGACCAAGCCUGUCCUGACCAGGUGGGAACUGAUCCAGAUCGUGCCACGUCACUCGACAGACUGCACUCACAAACACACUGCUGAGAUCAUAUGGUCAUGUUGUCUUCACUCCGACAGGGAGAAAUGGUACUGCAACUGUUAACAGGCGAUCUGUGCUGUAUUCACCUCACAAGGCAGUUGUAGAAUCCAGGGCUGUAUUCAGGUGGAUGCAUCGUUGCAGGUAGAGAUAGAAUAUUUAAAAAAAUAAUUAUUAAAAAAGUAGUCUGUGAUCCUGUGUCAUCUAGGAUAAUGACCUGUAAUCACUCUAGUCAACAUUUUCUGCGACACCAGCGCUGUAUCCAGCUGAAUAAGCCUCAGGCCUUAUUAGAAACCUGCCGCACCCUGGGGGCUCAACUGCCCUUAGGCCUCAUCACCAUGACAACCAGCUGUCCCAUCAGCUGGAGUUUUAUACAUGUGUGUGAAUGUGUGUACCGUUUG